CGGCCAUUUUGUUUUCGGCGCUCGAGAGCGAGUGCGGCGGGAGCGGGCGGAGGGGACGGAGCCCCACGGAGCCAGCCCCGCCCCGCAGCCCCGCCCGGAGUCCUGGCGACCGUCUGCUUCGACGAUCGUGAUCUGAAGAUGGCUGCACAGUCAGCGCCGAAGGUUGUGCUAAAGAGCACCACCAAGAUGUCUCUGAACGAGCGCUUUACUAAUAUGCUGAAGAACAAACAGCCGAUGCCAGUGAAUAUUCGGGCUACCAUGCAGCAGCAGCAGCAACUGGCCAGUGCCAGAAACAGAAGACUGGCCCAGCAGAUGGAGAAUAGACCUUCUGUUCAGGCUGCCUUGAAGCUUAAGCAGAAGAGCUUAAAGCAGCGCCUGGGUAAAAGUAACAUCCAGGCACGAUUAGGCCGGCCAGCAGGACCCCUGGCUCGUGGAGCUGUUGGAGGACGAGGGCUACCUAUGGGUCAGAGAGGUUUGCCACGAGGAGCCAUGCGUGGUGGACGUGGAGCGAGGGCGUUGCUGAGAGGAGGCAUUCCCCUCAGAGGUCAGAGUUUACUUCGUGGAGGACGUGGUAUAUCCCCUAGGAUGGGCCUGAGAAGAGGUGGCGUUAGAGGUCGUGGUGGACCUGGGAGAGGUGGUCUAGGCAGAGGAGCCAUGGGUCGUGGAGGAAUUGGUGGCAGAGCACCUGUGUUCCUAGAUGCUGUGGCAAAUGGCAGGUCGUGGCAUGGCAGGCCGGGGAAGAGGGGGCUUUGGUGGUCGUGGCAGAGGCAGAGGACGAGGAAGAGGGUCUGCACGUCCUGCAUUGACCAAGGAACAACUGGACAACCAAUUAGAUGCUUACAUGUCUAAAACAAAAGGACACCUCGAUGCUGAGCUGGAUGCUUACAUGGCUCAGACAGAUCCAGAAACUAAUGACUGAUGGUCCUUCUGAUAGACUCUCAUUGAAGUUAAUGUGUAUGUCAAUGCCCAUAAGCUAAAAAUGGCAAAACCUGAUUCAUGCUGGAAGGACCUGCAGGAACAGGGGCGGCCCUGUUCUACCAAGAGAUCAGAUUUUAGUGUGUUCCUCUUACAUUUUGAUACUAUAUGUUGUAUGAAACCUUUUUUGGAUUGUUUUUUUAUAAUUUUUCCUAACUACUCUGAACAUGAAUGUGACAGACGAGCUGCAGAUACAGCCACUGACAUCAGUGCUGGUGUGUGCUCAGCACGCCAGCCCAGCUGCGAUGGCGCACUACGUUCCUUUGGGCUUACGAAGGGGAAAAGUUGCAUGUAUGCCACAAUCUGUGCUGCUUUAGGCGAAGUGCUCGUUGGUGCUGAAUACAAGCUAUGGGAUCACAUGGUUAUAUGUGCCUAUUACUCUUAAUGGUUUGUUUCAGGAUAGGAGUUGAUCCCAUAGUGUAGCUAAAGGGUAAAUAUCUACGUUUGCAGUUUUAUUGUUGCAAUAACCUCAUUUGAAGUAAACAUAGCAAAACAUCUCCCUCCAGGACUGCCUGCCUAAUCAAUCAAAUUCAGGUUAAGGAAGAUAGUGCUUCUCUAUUGUAGACAUGUCAAUCUUUUAUUUUGUACCAAAAGUUCAUCCCCACUGGUUGCUAGCAUUCUAACAGUAGUACAGAGAGGAUAUUCUAGGUUAAAGGCUGUUUUUCUGAUAAAAUUUGAAUUUCAUUUGUAUCAUGUUUGAAGGGAUGGCACUAAUGGCUUCUGUGUACCAAAAUCUAGAAAAAGAACGAGCUUUUGUUUUAAGGAUCUUGAAACAAGCACAUUAAUGACGUCUGUGAAAGAAAAUCAUGGGUAGAAUAGUCUCUCCAAAAUAGUGGGUCCAAAAUUGGUUUUAUCAACAAGUGCUGUUACCUUUCAGUGUAACCAAAACUGAAUUUUCAAUCCAGACCAACUUUGGUGACGUCUGUGGCGCAUUUAACCUAGGUUGGCUUUAGAAGUUGAGAAGGGGUUUGCUUCUCUCUCCCCUCCCCCCACCCCGGAAGAUUUAAGUUCAACCAUCCUGUGAACUGUUCCAGUUUCAAUGGAAUCUUGUAUUUCUUGUUCGUUGUGACAAAGGAGAAACAAUUAUAAAAACAAUAUGUGGA